UUUGGGAGACUUGAAAAAGAAGGUGAACAACAAGACACACGUUGAGGCUUCAAUUUGUCACGCAUAUAUUCAACAAGAAAUCUCAACGUUCUCAUCUUUUUACUUUGAGCGAGAAGUCAUCACCAGAAGAAAGAGACCUACCCGGAACGAUGACAUCGGCGAGGAUUUGUAUGACAAUGUAGUUUCCAUUUUCAAUUACCCAGGUAGAGGUAAAGGAGCUGCGACUAGCCGUUUUAUCUUGGGCGAAGAGUACAAAAUUGCACAUACUUACAUCUUAAUGAAUUGUCCAGAAAUUCUACCAUUUUAUAAUGAAUUUAGAGCUUCUAUAUCCGCAUAUCCUGAUUAUGAAAUCGAUGCAAGGGUGGACGCUGAUUUUGCAAGAUGGUACCAGCAACAGACCCUCUGUUAGUAUCAUUAGCAUGGGGUCCUGGUUCCAAUGUCAAAGUUUGGCGGUCAUAUGUCAUAAACAGUUACACCUAUCACACAGACGAUUAUGGACAGGACCGACAAACAACAAACAACGGAUUAUGUGUGCAAACCAUCGGUUAUGAUAACUCGGAAACCAAUUUUUUUGGUAUCUUGCAUGAGAUUAUCGAACUUGAAAUGCCUUCUGGUAUGCAGAAACUGACAUGCGUUCCGUUCCGUUGCAACUGGGUCGAUCCGACACGCGGGGUGAGAAAAAAUUCAAAGUAUAAUAUGAUUGACGUCAACCACUCUCACGUGUAUCAGAAAAACGAACCUUUUAUACUUGCUCAACAAGCAGCACAUGUUUACUAUGCAUCAUACCCUUCAACCAGGCAAACGCAGAAUCCUUGGGUGUGUGCAUGUACUGUCCGUCCGAACAAAAUUGUAUCACAAUCUCAACACAAGGACGUUGAUUUAGACGCUUUCCAGCAACAAUUUUUCCAACCUCCGCCUAUUGUUGAGACGGUCAACUAUGACAUCCAGUUAAGUGAUCCAUAUGGCGGACGUGUUGAAGUCGUGCCUGAAACACACCUUCCAGACCAAACACCUCCAUCUGAGCGCGAAAUUGUUCAGAUGUAUGAAGAACAACAAAACGCUCAAUAUGAG